AUGUAAUCUAAUGGAUAAAAGUCACAAAUUAUUAAAAGAACAAGUUUUUUGAACUCCUCUUCCACUUUAAAUACUAUUAAUAGAAGCAAUUCUAUAGUUUAAGAUAACAAUUAAAAAUAGGAAUUAAGAAGGUAAUUAAUAUAUUCUUAUUCAUCUUUUUAGAUAUCCAACGUAAUGGACUGAAUAGUUGGACAAUAAAUCUGAUAAUCGAUUUCAUUAAAGUAUAAUGAAUAAAAGCAGAGAAGAUUGCAAUCCUAAUUUAGCUUAACCUAGUAAAAUAUUUGGAAUUUAAGAUGGGUAAUUAAUAAAAUAAUUUAAAGUAAAAAUCCAAGUAGAUUUCAUACAAUCAAUACAGCCAAUGAAGAUCUCUUGACAUCUAUUAAGAAAAGAAAUCAAUCUUUAGGAAAAAUAGGAAGCUGGUAAUAGACUUCUAAAUAGAUUGAAUCUUAAUGGAUUUCUAAAUCAAAUACUGGCAUAACAUUAUCUAGAAGAUUAGAUGCUUAAGUGUCUCUUUCUGAGUUAUUAGAGAUAUCAAGACAAUUAGAUUGUUCAUAAUAAGAUGAAAUAAAACAAUUAUCAGGAAAUUAUGUAAGUUAACUUUUCUAAUUAUCUUAAACAAUUGAAAAAGUAUAAUUGAUUUAUAUUGUAUAUUUAAAAUGCUAUUAUUUAAAAUAGAAACAAAAAAUAAAUAGUUAUUAUUGUUCUUCGUAAAGUAAAGAGAUGA